UCCAAUAUGACUACAUCAGUGUGACCCCUGACUGACCAGAAGCAGGCCUGCCUCCAACCAGUCCAAUCCAGUCAGGACAAGUCAUCUGACCAAUCCUUCUAUUUAUUAAUCUAUUUAUCUACGUACCUAUUUAUCUGUCUAUUUACCUGCCUGCUUAAAUAUCUACAUUUAUUUAUCUACAUAUCUAUAUUUAUCUAUAUUCUUUAUAUAUACACACAUAUAUAUAUAUAUAUACAUAUCUACCCAAUGGCUGUACAAUUCUCAAACAGGACCCUGUUGUCCACCACUGACCAAAGCAACCACCGAUACUGGGCCGAGUUUGAAUACAAACCAGUGAAAGAAGGAAGCAGCAUGUAUGUCUUCAAAGGUCGACUCAACGGUGAUGGCCCCAGAUCGGGAGAAUACUGUGCUGUUAAGAUGUUCCGCAAAUUUGUUGCCGAACCGUCCGACUGGAACCAAUACGUGGCAAAGGCAAACAUGGCAAACAUCUUGGCGGAGAAAUUCAACAACAAGCUGAAAGGCCAGUAUAAGGUACAGUUCUUGAUUCCGAUUCUGGCACAUCUUGACACGGUGUCUACCUGUACCGGUUGUCUUUACUGGUGUUCUGACAUCAAGGCCAUUGACACAGACGAUUGUGUGGUCGUUGAACCCUAUUUACGGCACGGUUUUCGAAAGUUUUAUCGCAACAGUCCCUUAAAAGGAGCUGAGAAUGCUUACAUCUUGCAGGCCUUUAGCCAUUUUACUGCUUGUGAAACUUGCGAUACCCUGGUCUGUGGUCUCCAAGGUAUUGCCCACGAGAAUGAGUUCAAACUGACCAAUCCCAUUAUACACUCAUCUGACAAGCAAUGGGGGUCAACAGAUAAAGGUCGGUCGGGCAUAAAGAGUUUUUUUAGGAAUCACUCGUGCAAUCGGAUCUGUAAAACUUUGAACUUGCCGUUUCUGCUGGAGACAAAUGAAAUCAACGGCAGCGUGUCGACAAUAAAUAACGCUGAAGACGAAGAGGCCGUGGAAGAUGAUGAUGUGAAGAAUUCCGAUGAAGCGAGAAAAACGAAGAUGAGAGAUGCAAACGUUGGGACUGAUUCUGACAACUUUGGUGAAGAGACACUCGUUAAGGAAGCAGUCGAAACAACAAAGAAAGAUAACGAGGGUGAUGAUAAUGACAGAGAUGGGAAACAAGAUGAGGAGGAUGCUGGCAAGGAAGAUAAAAAAGCUGUGGGAGAGAAACUGCAUGAGAACACCGAAGAGGAUGCAGAGCAUAAGGAAGAACAGAUAGAUGCCAAUGUGGAAAAGAAGCCAGGAGAAAUUGCUGAAAAGAGCAAAGAAAAGAAAGCGGAAAAUAAAAUAGAUAAAAGUGUGGAAACUGAGCCAUUUAACAAUGUGGAAAACCUGGAUGGUUUUGGUGUAAGAAACGAAUCUGUGAUGAGUGAGAAAAAAAUACCGGUUAUAAGCGAGGGAGUCCAAGCCACUGUAAAUGCACAAGUUGAGCCCAAUGCUAGUCCAAGAAUGACAGCUGGGGUGUUUGUGGAACAGGGCCCUCUUUUAAGGGUGGAAAGUGAACCCGGCAUAUAUCUGGAAGAGGGCCCAUCAGUAAGCGCAGCAGACAGAACUGAUAAAAGCGUGGAAGUAGAUGCUGAUGAAAAAUUGAUGGCAAAUAAAGUUGAUGAAGGUGUACAGAAGAAUCUCGAGUCGGUCGGAAGUGUUACUGAGUUAGAUGUCGGAACUGAUGGGGAAGCAGCUUCUUAUGUAGCUGGGACCCCUUUGAAAGUAAUUCGAGGACAUACUGGAGCAGCGUCGACACCAAGCAAUGAAAUCACUGUGAUAUCUGGAUCUUUUGAUGAGAGCUUCAAGGGGAGCCCAACGUCUGAUGGCCGUGACCACUCCUACAGUAGCGAUAGUAGCAUUGAUGAAAUCAGCUACGACAAUCUCAUUGCUGAAAAGAAACCAUUGGAACCCACAGAAUUUGCUGGAGGAGAAACGAGUGUCCAUGGCAAACACAAUUUGGUACCAAACUAUGAGGACGAGGAGAAUGAAGACACAGGAAUGGAUUCAGGACCACCACAUCACCGAGAUGAAAUUUACUUGCCGCCAAAGAUUCUGCAGACGCCACCCAGCAACCGCACUGGGCGAAUAUUUGUGGUUCCAGUCUGCCGACAGACAGGUUCCGUGAGGAGCGCUACAAGUUCUGCUUCAGUGACGCCGCCAGUUUUCUUAGAAACGGUCAGCCCAAUCUGUCGGUGCCCAGCAAGUUUCCAGCCCAUAGCCAACAGCGACGAUGUUGGCAUUGGCGUUGGAAAUAGCCCCAGUAGCAGGACCUCUCCUCUUCCACCUCUCUCUCCUCUAAGUACAGAAGAAAUAAAAACAGAUGGAUGGUCAGAGCAGAGUUCAGAUUUGGGCCCAUCUGCAACACCCAACGAUCAGCCUAAUCCCCCUUCACCUUUAUUUUCCUCAACUCCUACUCCAGUUGAACUGCCUCCUCUUCCUUCUCCUGUUCCUACUGAAUCGCCUGCCCUUCUUUCUCCUCCUCCUCCUGCUGAAUUACCUCCCCUUCCUCCUACCCCACAUCCUACUGCCACUGCUAGGAACAGCAUCACCACCCCACCAUCGCCUUCAACAACAACAACAACAUCAUCAGCUUUGCCUCGGUGUUUAAGGCAACUGACCAGUUGCUGUUCGAUGCGUAUGUCCAAGAAGAAGAAGAAGAAGAAAAAGGAGAAAGACGAGAGCCCCGGGUCGGUUACAGAUCCUGUCACACUGUCACAGACUUCAAAAACUGAGGUGCCGGUGGAAACCCCCGGUUCCAAAAGCAGUGGGAAAAAACGGAGCAGGAGUUGGCGUACGGCGUGGCGCAGUCCGAAGACAAGCGGAACUUGUAGCACCUCUGAUACAGAGGCAUCCAGUCCAAAGAAGCCUGCCAUGGUGUCAAUUGAAAUGAGUGCCCCAGAGGAGAGUGACAGCGCCAUUUGUCCGAAGAACCCAUUCCAAAUGGUAACAGAUGGCCACGACGACACCAACCGCAACAACAACAAUAACGACGAUGAUUAUUACAUCAAUGCUUACAUCAACAACAAUAACAAUAAUAUUAAUAAUAAUAAUGACACUAGUGGUGUUGGUGGGAGUGAAGAUCAGUAUUAUAUGAACAACAACAGUAACCAAAUCCACACCCAUCAGAUGGUUUUGCAAAAGGCUUUUGUGGAAAAGGGGCAACGCUUUACCUCUCCCCCACCACUGCUUCUUGACUCUGGACAGCCAGAGAGUAGCACCUAUUGGGAGUACCAUUGUAUGAAUCCAGAUGAAAGAGGAGCUGUUGGCGGUAGUGGUUGUAGGUGUUGUGGUGGUGUCGGUGGGAGCUGCAGCUGUUGUGGAAGCAGUGGCGAAAGGGAUUUUAAUCGAAUGGUUUCCGAUAGCAAGACCCCACCACAGCUGGAAACCAGCACGAAUGGCAGCAGUAUCUCCAUGACAACAGCAGACACCGACGCUGGUGCCGGUGACCAAAGUCAUCAUGAGUACGACACUCUUCCAAGACGAACUUUCGAUAUGGGUUUCGAGCCAAACCGUGGUGGUAUCUGCGAUACAUUACCAUGCAGGGGUGACCUUUUCACCGUCGAAGUUCACUACAACGGUGAAGCUGUCCCAGAGUACAGGGCCGACCCAGCUGCAGCAAUGUCGACAAUGACAACAGCAGUGAUAACACCGCCAAAAUUAGAAGCAAUGACCGUAGCAACAACGUCUGCAAUGCCAUCGUCAUCGUCUUUGACAGAAAUCAUAGAAAUGGUGCCGAAGGACAGUAUCGGAGACGUUGAUCCAAGAUUACCUGUUGACGGAUACCCUCCACUGAUGCAUGACCAUGAGAGCAGUAGCGGUCAGACCUUUUCUGGGUCUGAAACGACGGGUGUAACGACAGCAGGCCGAGUUGGAAGCGUUGGCGUUGCAUUACGAGCGGAAGAGAAUGAUGGGGAAGAGGAGGAGAGGGCGGUGGCAGAAGAGGAAAUUUUAGUGGCAUCAUCCUCCUUGGGAUCAACAGCGCAAACUGCAGGAGGAGCACUGACAGAUGCAGCAGCGGCAGCAGCAGAAACAAUGGAGUUAACUCUAGCUGACAGAAUACCAACAUCUUCACAGCUGCCAUUCUUAAAAUCUUCAGUAGACACCCUUAAUUCUAGAACCCCGGACACUGAAGGAACCAUUUCUGUAUUUUCAGGGUCAGUUCAAACGGGUACCGACAACACUAGUAUCGCAGAUGCCUCAACGGCUGGUACCAAACCCAUGACACCAAAAUGCUAUGACGACGUUGCUUCGUCACUCGCCACUACUCCGACACCGUUGUCAUUAUCAUCAUCCUCAUCUUCAUCAUCGACGCUAUUGUUAUUGCCCGGUGGGGGAACGUUACAAAAAGCUCGGUCAGAAGUCAUGGAGAAAAUCUCAACAUCAACAGACGAUCGUUCGUCGCAGGGUCCGAGGUCGGACAUCCCGGACAUUCCAGACAUCCGGCUUUUGCUUUCAGAAGAUGUCGAUGAUGAUGAUGAUGGUGGUGGUGGUGAUGGUGAUGGUGAUGGUGAUGGAAAAACUAUUGCUGCUGCUGGUGGUGGUGGUGGUGGGGCCGAAGAUACUGCUGACAUACCGUAUAUUGAUGAAUGCGAUUCAGAUGACAGUGUACAACAACAACAACAACAACAACAGCAACAGUGUGAACAAGAUGAGCAAAGUUCUGGCAAGGCUCGCAUUGAUACUUAUGUCCUUGAUCACCGUGUGGGUAAACAUCAACAGCAAUCUCUUGCAGUACCUUCCGAUGGCACAUGCGGUGAAGAUCAGCAACAACAACACCAACAACUACUUGAGGUACCUUUUAGUCAUACAUAUGGUGAAGAACAGCAACAGCGUCAACAAUCCCUCGAGGUACCUUACAGCGACAUAAAUAUCAAACAACAGCAAUCUGAAGUACCUAUUGAUGUAUGUUGGCAAGAAAAGCAACAACAAUAUGAGGUACCUGUUAGUGGUACAUAUGAACAACAGCAAUACAAAGAAUCCGAGGUACCUGUUCAUAUCUAUGGUCAAGAACAACAACAUGAGUUGCCUGUUAGUGACACAUAUGGUCAACAACAACAGCAAUGCCAGCCAUCUGAGGUACCUUUUAGUGACAUACAUGGUCGCGAUCAGCAGCAACAAACUGAGGUACCUUCUAGUGACAUAUAUAGUCAACCACAAACUGAGGUACCUUCUAGUGACAUAUAUAGUCAACCACAAACAGAGGUACCUUCUAGUGACGUAUAUAGUCAACACCAAACUGAGGUACCUUCUAGUGACAUAUAUAGCCAACAGCAACAAACUGAGGUACCUUCAAGUGACAUAUAUAGCCAACAGCAAACUGAGGUACCUUCUAGUGACAUAUAUAGUCAACAGCAAACUGAGGUACCUUCUAGUGACAUAUAUAGUCAACAACAAACUGAGGUACCUUCUAGUGACAUAUAUAGUCAACAACAAACUGGAGUACCUUCUAGUAACAUAUAUAGCCAACAGCAACAAACUGAGGUACCUUCUAGUGACAUAUAUAGUCAACAGCAAACUGAGGCACCACCUACUGACGUACAUGGGCAACAACACUAUCAGCAAUCUGAGGUACCUUGCAGUAAUAUAUAUAGCCAGGAACAAAAUCAACAAACUGAGGUACCAUCUACUGACAUAUAUGGCCAACAACAGCAAUGUCAACAAUCUGAGGUACCUUCUACUGACAUAUAUGGUCAACAGCAACAACAUCAACAAUUUGAGGUACCCUCUACUGACAUAUAUGGUCAGCAAGAAUAUCAACAACCUGAAGUACCUUCUAGUGAAAUAUAUAGUCAACAGCAUCAGCUCCAACAAACUGAGGUACCUUCUAGUAACAUAUAUAAUCAACAAUCUAAGGUACCUUCUACUGACAUAUAUGACCAACAACAGUAUCAACCAUCUGAGGUACCUUCUGCUAACAUACAUAGUCAACAACAGCAGUUUGAGGUACCCUCUACUGAUACAUAUGGUCAACACCAGCACCAACAGAGUGAGGAACCUUCUAGCAACAUCUAUAGUCCACAACAGCAAUUUGAGGUACCCUCUAGCGAUAUAUAUGGUCAACAACAACAAUCUCAGGUAGCUUCUAGUGACAUAUAUAAUCAGCAACAACAAAAAACUGAGGUACCUUCUAGCAACAUAUAUCGUCAACAACAGCAAUUUGAGGUACCCUCUACUGACGUUUUUGGUCAGCAUCAGUACCAACAAACUGAGAGACCUUCUGACAUACGUGAUCAACAACAAUAUCAACCAUCUGAGGUACCAUCUACUGAUAUAUAUCGUCAACGACAGCAAUUUGAGGUACCCUCUACUGAUGUAUAUGGUCAACAACAGUACCAACAAACUGAGAGACCUUCUACUGACAUAUACAACCAACAGCAAUAUCAACCAUCUGAGGUACCUUCCAGUGACAUAUAUAGUCAACAACAGCACCAAUUUGAGGUACCCUCUACUGAUGUAUAUGGUCAACAACAAUAUCAGCAAUCUGGGGUACCUUCCAGUGAUAUAUAUGGUCAGCAACAACAAUCUGCAAUACCCUUUAGUAACAUAUAUAGUCAACAACAACAACAAACUGAGGUACCUUCUAGCAAUACAUAUAGUCAACAACAGCAAUAUGAGGUACCCUCUACUGACAUAUAUGGUCAACAACAAUAUCAACCAUCUGUAGUACCUUCUACUGGCAUGUAUAGUCAACAACAGCAAUUUGAGGUACCCUCUACCGACAUACAUGGUCAACAACAAUAUCAACCAUCUGUGGUACCCUCUACUGGCAUGUAUAGUCAACAACAGCAACAUGAGGUACCCUCUACUGACAUACAUAGUCAACAAUAUCAACCAUCUGUGGUACCUUCUACUGGCAUGUAUAGUCAACAACAGCAGCAUGAGGUACCCUCUACUGACAUACAUGGUCAACAACAAUAUCAACCAUCUGUGGUACCUUCUACUGGCAUAUAUAGUCAACAACAGCAACAUGAGGUACCCUCUACUGACAUACAUGGUCAACAACAAUAUCAACCAUCUGUGGUACCUUCUACUGGCAUGUAUAGUCAACAACAGCAACAUGAGGUACCCUCUACUGACAUACAUGGUCAACAACAAUAUCAACCAUCUGUGGUACCUUCUACUGGCAUGUAUAGUCAACAACAGCAACAUGAGGUACCCUCUACUGACAUACAUGGUCAACAACAAUAUCAACCAUCUGUGGUACCUUCUACUGGCAUGUAUAGUCAACAACAGCAACAUGAGGUACCCUCUACUGACAUACAUGGUCAACAACAAUAUCAACCAUCUGUGGUACCUUCUACUGGCAUGUAUAGUCAACAACAGCAAUAUGAGGUACCCUCUACUGAGAUACAUGGUCAACAACAAUAUCAAUCAUCCGUGGUACCUUCUACUGGCAUGUAUAGUCAACAACAGCAAUAUGAGGUACCCUCUACUGAGAUACAUGGUCAACAACAAUAUCAACCAUCCGUGGUACCUUCUACUGGCAUGUAUAGUCAACAACAACAAUAUGAGGUACCCUCUACUGACAUAUAUGGUCAACAACAUCAUCAGUCCGAAGUACCCUCUAGUGAUAUAUAUUGUCAACAACAACAAUCUGAGGUACCUUCUAGUGACUUCUGUGGUCAACAACAACAGCAAGAUCAGACCUGUGGGGAGUCUAAACCAGAUAUGCCACAUGUACCUACUGGUGCUUCAUGUGUUCAGUCUGGUCGUAAUACUAAACAUGUAUCUUUUGACAUACCCUCUGAUCAAUAUGACGUUGAACAGGAAUCACCUGAUGUACACUCUGAUCAACAGAGCAAUGAUGUUCGACCUGGAUUUCCUGUGGGACCUUCUGAUCAAUGCGUACCAUUUCGUGUACUUGAUGACACCCAUGGUGUUAGCUCUGAACAAUUUGUUGUGGUACCUAAUAGGAAUGAUGGGCCUGGUUUUACUGUCAGUGAACAGAUACCGACUGAGAUGGCUUUUAAGAGGUCCAGUUUUGGAAAUGAAAACGAACAGCCAGUCUCUGAUUCCCAGACAGGUGUCAGUACGUAUAGCUCUGCAUCUCAGCAGGUACCUUUUGAAGGCCUACCAGUGUGUAAGUCUUACGGGAGUCAACAACAGCAAGAACAACAACUUUAUGAGGUACCAGAGAAUACAGACCGAAAUGUCAAUGCUGGUCAAGAUGAUGGAAAUUUAGGGCGAAAUUACAUUGACACUCAGAAAUCUGAUUGUUCAAAAACACAUUUGCUGCCAUCUGCAAAUGGGAAUUACAUGACUAAAGAACUUGUCCAAGGUGGUAAACGGUUGGAGGAUGAUAAAGCGAGUGGGGAUUCCUUUCACAAUUUAUCGAAAGAGGGUUCUGAGACUUUUCUUCCAGAACUUUCAUUAGACAUUUCUUCUAAGAAAUAUUCAGGUUUUGAAACGGUAAUCCCAGAACGGUCAUUGGAAGAAAAUCUCAGGGACCAUUUUGAUCUUGAGAAGGACAGCGAUGACAAGGGUGGGUGCGGUGUAGUCAGUAGCAGUGUCAGUGGUGGUGGUGGUGGUGGUGGUGGUUGUGGAGGUGUGGACUUUACGGAGAAUUCUACGUCAAGUACAGCCUUAAAUUUUCCAAGUUUCUCCCCUGAUGGUUUCGUCAAUGCUGGGUUAAAUGCACCAGAUGCAGCACUGUCUGCUAAUGUAUCUUCUUCAGGCGCUCAUUCUUCUGUAGAUUCUCAGAAUCUGUUCGAUAGUGAUUUUCAAGGCCAGAGGAGUGUUGAGUCUUUAGUCGAGGACAUCUUUGAUCACGAUUCUUCUGGUAUAGCUGGAAAUAGGAAUGCAACCCCUGGCGUCACAAAGACAGUCUGCUUCCAAGAAGAUUCUAAAAUAAGAUAUGAUGAUGGUGAGAGUGACAUUUUAGAAAUCCGUCAUCCGUUUCUUGAAGUGAUUCCUGAAGAGGGUGAAAAUAUAUAUGAAGAUAUUUGUGUGAUUUCAGAAGAAGAUCUGGAAAACAAACCAAGAUAUUCUAAACCCUUGUUGCUAGAACUUAGAGCUGAGACUCCCAAGUUGGACAAACACUGCUUCCAUUAUGGUGAUUCUACAGGAUGCAGUGCAAAUCUGUAUGAAGAACUCAAAUUCUCUGGUUAUUCAGAUCAAGGCCCCAAAAAAUCAAUAGAUGAUGCUGUUGCAGGUUCUGAUGCUGCUUCUUUGCGGAAUUUUGCUACAAAAUCUUCUGUCCUUCCUGCCAUGGCCAGUCUGGGGCAAACAGCAGUGCAGGCCCCAAAAUGGGAUUCACCUGAGCAGGCUGUCAAUCUUGGAGGCACAAUUCCGGAACGAAGUUCAUCAAGUUGCUCGACAGCUUAUCGCAUCACUACGGCACAGCAGCCGGCUUGGUCAUUGCUGUCUCAGCCGACGCCAUCACCAGUAGCAUCCUCGUCCUCCUACAAUUUGCUCAAGGACCCAGGAACAACUGCAGUGGUGGGUGGUGAUGGACAUGAUGCGACAACAGACGGUUACGGUCUCGGUCACCAGGCAUCGCCCAUCGCUGUUGCCCCUGAGUAUACGCCACAGCCAGCAGUUGUGACACCUGACCCCAAGUCCAACAUCAAAGAUGAUAAACCACUGUCUGACAGGAGACUGAGUGGGCCCUACAUCGAAACAGAAAGGAGCAUUGAAAUCAAGUUCCGCAUAAAUCCAACACCAAGCACUAUCCCUAGUGGCGGCGGUGGUGGUGGUGGUCGUGGUGGUGACAGAAGUGCCCUUGUAACUGGUGUCGGUGGUGUUGGUGGUAACAUCGGAAGCAGGAGUGUUGGUGGUGUUUACCUGCAACCGAAUCUGGAAAUCGAAGAAUGCAACGAGAUCAUAUCGGUAUGCGAGGUGGAUCGACGUCCGGAUGGAUUAGCGGGAACAAACAGCUCUGGGAGGAGUGACAGUCGACACAGCAGAAACAACAGCAGCAGCGGCAGCAGCUACGGUCGCGGUGGCAGUAGUAAUGUUGAUGUCGUCAACGAAGAUGAGGCGCAGAGGCAGAGGCAGUGCCUGGAGGCGUUAAUCAGAGAAAGUUCCAGUCGGAGACUAAGCACACAGGAGGCAUUGCAGACCCUAUUGGCACCCCACUGGUUACCACAUACUUGAAAUCUCAUACACAUACACA